CGGCGAUCAUGGCGCAGUUCGUGCUGUUCGAGUCCUCGUCGGGGUACGGGUUGUUCGAGACGCUGGAUUUGGACGUCGUGGGACAGGCGCUGGAGAAGGUGCAGGAGACGACGCAGAGCGCGGAUAAGUUCGGGAAGGUUGUGAAAUUGCACGGGUUUAAACCGUUUACGUCGGCGGCGAACGCGCUGGAGCAGAUUAAUUGCGUGUCCGAGGGCGUGGCCUCGGAGGAUUUGCAAAACUUUUUAGAGCAAAACUUGCCAAAGUUGAAGGAUUCUAAAAAGGCCAAGUUUCAGCUCGGCGUCGCGGACUCCAAGCUCGGGAACUCGAUCGUGGAGACGACGAAGAUUCCGUGCGUGUGCAACGAUCACGUCGGUGAGAUUAUUCGGGGCAUUCGCGCGUAUUUCACAAAGUUUGUCAAGGGUUUCAAGGGUGGCGACUACGAAAAGGCGCAACUCGGCUUGGCGCACUCGUACUCUCGCGCCAAGGUCAAGUUCAACGUGAACCGAUCGGAUAACAUGAUCAUCCAGGCCAUCGCGCUGAUCGACACGCUCGAUAAGGACAUCAACACCUUCAUCAUGCGCGUGCGCGAAUGGUACGGUUGGCACUUUCCCGAGCUCGUCAAAGUCGUCAACGACAACUACAUGUACGCGAGACUGGCGCUCGUGAUCAAGGACAAGGCGACGCUCACCGAUGAGGCGAUGCCGGCGUUGAAGGAAAUCACCGGGGACGAGGACAAGGCUAAAGAAGUGAUCGAGGCAGCCAAAGCGUCGAUGGGUCAAGACAUCUCACCGGUGGACAUGAUCAACAUUGAGUCCUUCGCCAAGCGCGUCAUUUCCCUCGCCGAGUACCGAACCAGUCUUCACAACUACUUGAACAACAAGAUGAGUGUGGUGGCCCCGAACCUGGGCGCGUUGAUCGGUGACAUUAUCGCCGCGCGUUUGAUUUCGCACGCCGGUUCGCUCACGAACUUAGCCAAGUACCCGGCGUCGACGGUGCAAAUUCUCGGCGCCGAAAAAGCGCUCUUCCGCGCGCUGAAGACCAAGGGGAACACGCCCAAGUACGGUUUGAUUUUCCACAGCACGUUCAUCGGCAAGGCGAACGCGCGAAACAAGGGGAGAAUUUCUCGAUACUUAGCCAACAAGUGUAGCAUCGCAAGCAGAAUUGACUGCUUUAGCGACUUCCAAACCACCUUGUUCGGCGAAAAGUUGAAGGAUCAAGUCGAAGAGCGAUUGGCAUUUUACGACAAGGGCACGGCACCGCGUAAGAAUAUCGCCAUGAUGCAAGAGGUGAUCGCCGAGAUCGGCCCGCAGGCGGGCGGCGGCGGCAAGCGAAAGGCGACCGACUCUGCGACGGCGACUCCGAAGAAGUCCAAGAAGGAAAAGAAGGACAAGAAAGAAAAGUCCGCCAAGAAGGCGAAGGCCUAGAAGGCGAAUAAUCGAUCCG